CCCAGCAGCAGGUUACAGGUUAGGAAGAUUAUUUACAGUAUUUACACCUUGCUGGGUGACCCUUUAAAUGCACCAUGGGUAACAUGGUUGUAAGAAGUAACUUUGAAUGGGUCUACACAGACCAACCACACUCAGAUAGGAGGAAAGAAAUACUGGCUAAAUAUCCUCAGAUAAAGAACCUAAUGGGACCCGACCCACGCUUCAAAUGGAUUGUCUCUUUUAUGGUUAUGGUCCAGAUACUGUCAUGUUUUGUUGUUCGUGAUCUACCUUGGAAGUGGCUUCUUUUUUGGUCUUAUGCAUUUGGGGGUGUAAUAAACCACUCACUUACCUUGGCAAUCCAUGACAUCUCCCACAAUGUAGCUUUUGGAAACAAAUCAGCACGAUGGAACCGCUUCUUCGGCAUGUUUGCUAACCUCCCUAUUGGUGUGCCCUAUUCCACAUCCUUUAAAAAGUACCAUAUUGACCAUCACCGUUAUUUGGGUGGGGACGGCUUGGAUGUGGAUAUCCCAACAGACUUUGAGGGGCGUUUUUUCUGUAGCCCCAUGCGCAAGGUCCUUUGGAUAGUAAUACAACCUCUGCUGUAUGUCCUGCGUCCACUUUAUGUCAACCCCAAGCCUAUCACUCACCUAGAGAUAAUAAAUGCUCUGGUCCAGUUUUCCUUUGACCUGAUAAUAUAUUACUUGUGGGGACUGAAGCCUGUGGCAUACUUGAUUGCUGGUUCAUGUCUCUCCAUGGGCUUCCACCCAAUUUCAGGGCAUUUCAUAGCUGAACACUACAUGUUUUUGAAAGGAUAUGAAACAUACUCAUACUAUGGACCACUCAACUUGUUAACUUUCAACGUUGGCUACCACAUGGAACAUCAUGACUUUCCGAGCAUCCCUGGGAGCAAACUUCCACUGGUCCGUAAAAUCGCUCCAGAGUAUUACGACACCCUUCCAUACCACUCAUCAUGGGGGCGAGUGCUUUGGGAUUUCAUAUUCUGCAAGGAACUGGGACCUUUCUCACGUGUCAAGAGAGAGUGUGAAUUAGCAAAGAAGGACUAAAAAUAUUUAUUUUACUUUAAUGUGUGUAAUGAUUACACAAUGCUGCAUUUUCAUGAUACUGUGUGAUGUGUUUUUUAUUCUGAGCUUCAGUCCUUAAUUGAGCUGGCAUCCAAAGAGCUGUCCAUCAUGGAUAUAUCCACCAAAGCAUCUUUUCUCAGCUAGUAUUAUGCGUGGAUGAACGCUUCCUUUUUUUUAGCUUGUUGCCCUUUACAAGGAGACCCUAUAUUUUGAAGAGGUCUAUGAGACAUAAAAGUGGUAUUUGUCAUUUUUUGACAAUUUGGAUGCAACUUAUUAUUUGCAAUGAAGUAAUUGCACUGAGCACAUUUAGUGAAUUUGUUGUUUGAAUUAUUCAUUAGAAGUUUUCCAAUUUUUUAAUAUGAUUUAAAAUUUAAAUGGGUGGUUCAACUUUUAGUAUAUUAUAGAAUUCUAUUCCUAUUCCUAGCAACUUUGCAAUUGGUCUUUAUUAUUUAUCUUUUAUAGAUUUUUAAUUAUUUACCUUUCUCUUCUACAUCUUUUCAUCUUUCAAACAGGGGUCACUGACCCCAAAAGCCAACCUAUUGCUCUGUGAGGCCACAACUUUAUUACUGUUACUUUUUAUCUUGCAUCUUUCUAUUCAGUCCCUCUGCUAUUUGUAUUCCAGUCUCUCAUUUAACCCUCUGUAUGGUUGCUCAGGUAUACAAGACCUUAGUAACCAGAUAGCUGCUGAAAUUCCAAACUGGAGAGCUGCUGAACAAAAAGCUAAAUAACUGAAAAAACACAAAAAAAAUUAAAAAUGAAAACCAAUUGCAAAUUGUCUCAGAAUAUCAAUGUCUAUGUCAUAUUAAAAGUUAAUUUAAAGGUGAACAACCCCUUCAAUAAAACAAUUUAUAUGUCAAAACAGCACAUAUGUUACCAUAAUAUGGUAGCAUAAACAUUGUGGUUGGAAAAGGUCCACUUGUGGCUUCCUUCCAAAUACUGCUUUGAUGCGAGUCACAUAACUGGGUGACACAUGAGAAUCCCAAUGUUCAGUAGUGACAGUAAUCCAUGAGGCACAGUCUUGCGCUGAACUCUUUCUUUCAUGUAAACUUAUGCAUUUGUGUUCAUGCCAUUUGCAGUCCACUCCAUGACAGCUGUCUGGGAGCAAACUGGGGAUAACACCUAGAGCCAAAAAUGUAUAUAAAUAAAGUUUGUUUUUUUAUUUAA